AUGUCGUCGCGGCGCACAGAAGACGAGCCAGUGCUGCAGCAUCACGACGAGGACGCAGACACGGAGCGCGAAGAGGAUGGCGAUGGGUACUCGGACGACGAUGCGGACGAGGACACACCCAUGCUGGGCCAUGCUGAUGGCGCACUGGAGGCCGAUGUCGACGUCGCCAACGCCCCGCUCUCCAGUUCUGCGAAUCUGCCUGUGCCGCCAGUAAAGCCGGACAAGCCCAAGCCUGUGGCAUGGCGCGAUCUGCCAAAGAAGCAGCAGUUAAUGGUCAUUACACUCACAAGGUUGAGUGAGCCUCUUGUGCAGACGUCUCUGCAGUCCUACAUGUUCUACCAGCUCAAGUGGUUCGACCCCAGCCUCCCGGACUCGGUCAUCUCGAGCCAGGCCGGCAUCCUCCACGCCUCCUUCACCGCGGCGCAGUUCAUUACCGCCAUGGUCUGGGGCCGCCUCGCCGACUCUAAGCGCUUCGGCCGCAAGACGGUCCUCAUGAUCGGUCUGCUGGGGACGUGCUUCUCGUGCGUCGGCUUUGGGUUCUCACGAUCCUUUGCGCAGGCUCUUGUGUUCCGGUGCAUCGGCGGCGCGACGAACGGGAACGUGGGCGUUCUCAGAACGAUGAUCAGUGAGAUUGUACGUGAAAAGAAGUUCCAGGCCCGCGCCUUCAUCCUCCUCCCCAUGACCUUCAACAUCGGCGUCAUCAUCGGCCCCAUCCUCGGCGGCAUCCUCUCCGACCCGGCGGGCAGCUACCCCUCCCUCUUUGGCGACAUCGACUUCUUCAGAAAGUACCCCUACGCCGCGCCCAACCUCCUCAGCGCCGUCUUCCUCUCCUGCGCCGCGCUGUCCGUCUGGCUCUGCCUCGACGAGACCCACGAGGUGCUCCGCGAGGAGGGGCCGGACCUGGGCUCUCGCGUCGGGGCCAAGAUCGCGUCCCUCCUUCGGCGGGCCUUUGCGCGCCGUCGCGGACGCGCCGGCGACGCGGCCUACACGCCGCUGCAUUCCAGCUCCGCGAGCACCACCGACGUCGACGUCGAGAUGAUCCCCGAGGCCGCCGCCGCGCCCAAACAGAAACCCCGCCCGCGGUACCGCCACCGCCUGCCCUUCCGCCGCAUCUUCACCCGCAACGUCGUCAUGACCUUUGCCGCGCACUUUUUGCUGGCCUUCCACGUCGGCACCUUCAACUCGCUCUGGUUCGUCUUCCUCUCGACCCCGACCUCGGCCGCGCCGGCGCACCUUCCCUUCCACUUCUCCGGCGGCCUCGGCAUGCCGCCGCAGUCCGUGGGCAUGGCCAUGGCCAUCCUCGGCGUCAUUGGCAUCAGUCUGCAGCUCUUUGUCUACCCGCGGCUGUCGGCGCACCUGGGCACCGUUAAAGCGUGGCGGCUGUUCCUCUACUUCUUCCCGGUGACGUACUUCCUCGUGCCCUACCUCGCCGUCGUUCCCACGACGGAGUCGGCGCUGCCCCCCGGCCCCAAGGGCGGGCCCGCCAUCUGGUUCGCCAUCGUCGGCGUGCUGCUGUUCCAGGUCCUCGGCAGGACGUUCGCGCUGCCGGGCCAGACGAUCCUGAUCAACAACUGCACGCCGCACCCGAGCGUGCUGGGGACAAUCCACGGGAUGGGACAGAGUGUGAGCAGCGCCGCGCGGACCAUCGGCCCGGUGCUGUGCGGGUACCUGUACGGCCAGGGGCUGGCGAACGGCAUCGUCGGCGCCGUGUGGUGGGGUCUGGCGGGCGUCGCGAUGCUGGGGGUCCUGGCGAGCUGGGCGGUGUGGGAGGGGGAUGGGCACGAGGUUUGGAUGGACGGGGACGAGGUUGCUGCCGAGGAGGACGAAGUAAGGCAGUGA